CCCUCAUUUGUGGCUUGGAGAACGGGCUGCCUGGUGGCACUCUGGGCGAGUUGGGGGAUCCUGUAUCCCCACGUGGCACCCCUAAAAGCAGCUGAGCCAGUUGCAUCAAAUUGCUCGCCUCAGAUUCAUCUGUAAAAUGCGAAGUGUGGGGCCCUGGCAGUUUUGUGACUCUCUGCUGAAUUGAGUGUUGGUUUUGUGUCUUCUGCACCGAAAGCGACCUUUGCUGCCUCCACCCCCUCCCCACCCAGACACGUAAAUGAUGUUCCCCUGAGGGCCUGGGAGAGAAAGUCAUCAAUUUUCUUUGCUUUUUCGGAAGAUGUGAGAUGAAAUGGGGGCUUCGUGAUCUAAUACCUAACCUGCUGGUGCACGCACAUUCAAAGGGUGCCCCCACGUGCUGGGUCAAAAGUCCAUAACAAAAUGCCACAUCCUCACCUCCGUUCUGCAAAAUUAUAGAGUCACGGGGCAAAAAGAAUUAUAUCCACGUUUCUAGUGCAUUUCAUGAGAAUCUUCCUACAAGGAUUUUAAUCUAGUGCCAAGCUCUCUUAACAUCUCAAAUAAAGUGCUGUUUUAGUAACAUAUGGGUACCUUUUACGCAUCUUCAAAUGAGGUGCAAGAGUGAAAUAUGUUGCACCUGGGGUCUGAUUAAUGGUGGUUUGAGUACGUAAAGAAGGUGGAGGUAAAGGGGAAAAAAAGCACAGAAAAGACAGCAAAGGUUAUGUAACUCCAUUAAAUUAUGUUUAUGGUUUCACUUGUCAGUCUUUCAUAACACAAAGCGGUUUUCCCGAAGUCUGUUUAUCAGUAUUUGUCACUGAUCAGUGCCUACAAAUUGCCUUCUGUUCAAGUCACGUUCUCCUGGCUGUCCUGGGGGCUCAUCACUCAGGGCUGCCGUCGCACAUGAGCUUGCGCCGUCGGGGUUUGCCCGUGUUUUCCUGCUGAUGCAUCUGGAGGUUCUAACCCCUCCCCCGAAGGUCUCCGACGACUGCGCUUCCAUCUUCGUGAACGGGAAGGAGAUGAAGGGCAGGGUGGACACGAUCGUGAACUUCACCCACCAGCACUUCACCUCCCAGCUGGAGGUCACCGUCUGGGCGCCCAGACUGCCCCUGCAGGUGGAGAUCUCAGACACGGAGCUGAGCCAGGUCAAAGGAUGGAGGGUCCCGGUGGCCGCCAGCAAAAGGCCCACCCGGGACAGCGAGGACGAGGAGGACGAGGAGAGGAAGGGCAGAGGCUGCUCGCUGCAGUACCAGCACGCCGCCGUGCGCGUCCUCACCCAGUUCGUGGCCGAGUCGCCCGACUCGGGUCAGCUGAGCUACAUGCUGGGCCCCGACUGGCAGUUUGACAUCACCGACCUCGUGGUGGACUUCAUGAAGGUGGAGGAGCCGAAGAUUGCCCAGUUACAGGACGGCAGGACCCUGGCGGGCCGGGAGCCGGGCAUCACCACCGUGCAGGUCCUGUCGCCUCUCUCUGACUCCAUCCUGGCUGAGAAGACGGUGAUUGUCCUGGAUGACCGCGUCACCAUCGCGGACCUGGGCGUGCAGCUGGUGGCCGGCUUAUCUCUCUCUCUGCAGCCUCACAGGGUGGACAAGAGAGCCCUCGUGUCUACAGCAGCUGCCCAGGACACCCUCCAAGCCCCGCAGCAGGAGGCAAUAGUCAGCUCUUGGAUUUUGUUCAGUGAUGGUUCGGUGACUCCCUUAGACAUUUACGAUCCCAAGGAUUUUUCAGUCACUGUCUCGUCGCUGGAUGAGAUGGUGGUGUCCGUCCAGGCCAACCUUCAGUCCAAAUGGCCGGUGGUGGUUGCGGAGGGUGAAGGGCAAGGGCCCUUGAUUAAACUGGAAAUGAUGAUCAGCGAGCCUUGUCAGAAGACCAAGAGGAAGAGCGUUCUGGCUGUGGGCAAAGGGAAUGUCAAGGUCAGGUUUGAGCCGGGUAUCGAUGAGCACCAGGGAGGCACCAAUGACAUCGAGGGCAUGAAUCGGGAAUAUAAAGGCCACCUCAGCAACGCCAUAGAGCGCGAGGGGAGCCAGGAGAGAGCGGUCCAGGAACGGUCCCAACAUGGCGCCUCGGCUGGCCAAGAGGAAGGUACCAACAAAAGCACAACCGCACGAUCCCCCAUGGAAGGAAGGAGUAAGAAGUUACUCAAGAGCGGUGGUCCAGACACCUUCACAAGCUUCCCCACUCAAGGGAAGUUCCCGGAACCCCACAGUCCUGGUGACCUCACGGUGACCUCCAGGGGCUUAACCGACCUGGAGAUUGGCAUGUACGCCCUGCUCUGCGUCUUCUGCCUGGCCAUCCUGGUCUUCUUAAUCAACUGUGUGGCGUUCGCUUGGAAAUACAGGCACAAAAGAUUCGCUGUGAGCGAGCAAGGGAACGUCCCCCACUCCCAUGACUGGGUCUGGCUCGGGAACGAGGUGGAACUCCUGGAGAACCCCGUGGACAUGACGCUCCCGUCGGAGGAGUGCACGACCGUGGGAGACCGGGGUCUGCCCUUCGAGGAGAGGAACUUCCUCCUGAACGGCAGCUCCCAGAAGACGUUCCACAGUCAGCUGCUCAGGCCUGCUGACUACGUCUAUGACAAAGACUUGAAAAACGAAGCCCUGAGUUCCUCGGGCCCAAAGAGGAAGAGAGUCAAGUUUACUUCCUACACCACCAUCCUCCCCGAGGACGGCGGCCCGUACACCAACUCCAUCCUGUUCGACAGCGAUGACAGUAUCAAGUGGGUGUGCCCAGAUAUGGGGCUGGGGGACCCCCAGGACUUCCAAGACUAUAUGGACCGACUGCAGGACCAGAUGUAAACUCCUUUCUCAUGUUUGUAUUCACCUUUAUGCCUUCUGUUUUUUGAAUGGUGGAGCAGUGAGCUGGAUCAGCAAUAGGGGGUGACUUAACAGCGCUUCUCUGGUGGAGGUCUGGGGGGCGAUCCUUGCCUCAGCAGGGAUCAGAGACAGCCAUGGCAUCUGGGUUGUGAGCCGGGCAGUGUCUCCCAGCCGGCCACCUGUGGGUCCUGGAGGAAUUCUAAGACAGAGGUUUUAUCUGCUGCCUGGCACUAGCUCAGUUCAAACAUCAUAAGCCCGACCCCACAGACAUUGUUAAGUCAUCUCGGGACAAGACGGCCAUGUGGAAUGAGAAAAGACUUGGGUUUGAUUUUUCUACUCCUAGACCUUUUAAAGCACAGUGGACAUUUCUCGCCCCAGGCCUGAGAUCGGGCAUACGCGAAAGAUGCUGAAUGUAGCCGCCCAUAUUUGUUACGAGCACUGCUCAUUAUUUUUAUAUAUAUUUGCACCUGCACCUGGUUCUUCUGACCUCUGCAAUUCUUUUCGAAACAUGAAGAUGAGAAAUUUCCUUUUUUUCCCCCUUCUCUGAGAUCUGUUUGAUUUGCGUAUGAGUUGUAAUCACUGAGAUUUGCCACGUCAUGUUGUUUCCUGGGUGUCCGUGCAGAAUUUCAGGUUCUUUCCAGUUUUCCGCGUUUGAUCACGUGGGGGCAAUAUCUAAGAAGCUUAUCCUCACGCCGUCUUUCCUUCUUUUUGUCGUUGAAAUUUCUUACAGCAGACGGGGACGUGGGAUUUUACUUAAAAGUAUCAAUAUACUGUGAGGGAGGGCCAUCUUCUUUACAAUUUUCUACAUGAUGCUUUAAAACUUUGCAGAAAAGUUGGGAACCAUGAACCUUUACUUUUAUCUUCUGCUUGGGGAAGUCAUGGGGAACUCCUUCCUGGAGUGCGUAUCUUGAGGGCGAAGAAGGUCCUCAAAAUAGUGUAUUUAUACUGAUGCUUUGUGGUCAACACGAUUUGUUAUUGAAACUGGAAUCGAGAUCUAGGAAUGAUACAUGCAAGACGGAAACUGCACAGGAAAUACCAUCAGAUGAAACUUUCCUUAUACCAGGACAAAACUGUUUAAAGCAGUAAGUGAAACGAUGUUUCAGCUUAGCAAUACGUAGUCGUCUAUCCAUACAGUGACUUCCCCCACCCCCAACCAAAAUAUACAUAUAUAUAUAUAUAUAUAUCUUCUCAGUCUUGACUCUGGCAGAGAUAAAACCUAUACAGGGUGUGCGUUGAUGGAGAAAAGCAAUGGGUUCCCCCCCAAAAUUCAUAAAACAAAUGAUCAUUCCAGCAGCUUGCGAAGCAGUUGUGAUUAAAAAAACAAAAAACAAAAAACAAAAAACACAUAGCUACUGGGCAAUCAAAAUGGUGAGAAAGAGAAAAAAAAA